GAGAAGACGCUUGAGUGAAGAUGAGAAGUUACACGUUGUUACUCUUGGCUUGCUGUGUUGUCAACAUCACUUUGGCAGCUCUAGGUCCAGUGACAUGCGGAGGUUCGGGUCAAGGUGCUCGUUGCGUUUUUCCGUUCAUAUACAAAUGGAAGACAUAUACCUCUUGCACAACAAAGGAUUGGAAUCAACCCUGGUGUGCCACUGAAGGAGGCAAAUAUGAAUUACACAAGAAGUGGGGAAAUUGCAACUGCGGCACAGUUACUCCAGUCGAAGGUUCUGGUCCUAAAACAUGUGGUGGUUCAGCGAACGGUGCUCGUUGCUUUUUCCCUUUUAUAUACAAGGGGGUGACAUACAAGUCUUGCACCAACAGGGAUCAUAACCAGCCGUGGUGUGCCACCAGAUCAGGCAACUAUAUAGAACACAAGCAAUGGGGAAACUGCCAAUGUGGAUAUCCACCUGAGCCUCCAGAAGAUGAAGAAUCCUUCCUGGGAAGUCUGAGUGAAGUUAAACUGUUCUGUUCCAAUCUGCAGUUAAAAAAAGUCACGGCCUCUUCUAUGCACAAAAUAGAAAGAAAACCUACAAAAGAUGGGAUUAUAAUUGCAGUGGAGGGAGCGGCAAUUGAAGCUCAAGUGAUGAAGCAGGCUGAAGCUAAAAAUCUCAAAACAAUAGAAGAUAUGUGUGACAGAAUCGACGUGUCAAAAAUUGAACAAUGCAAGAAGGAUUUGUCGUUAGGUACCAAUGAUGAAUGUGGUCGAGUUCCCAACGUUGACAAGUUCCGUACUAUUGACGGAAAGUGCAAUAACAAGAGGUUUACGUCUUGGGGUGCACACAACACACCAUUUCUUCGUUUUCUACCAGCAGCUUAUGGAGGAACAGGAUAUAAUGAACCGGUGACGGAACGCGCCGGGGAAGAACUGCCUAACGCCAGAAACAUCAGUCGUAGAGUCCAUCCUGAUGUGUCAAUCACAGACAACGAUCAUAGUUACAUACUGAUGCAAUGGGGUCAAUUCCUUGAUCAUGACCUUACUUUGUCUAUGGAGACCGAAGAUGACGACGUCUGCAGCGAAAACUGCGAAACCACUAGCAAAUUAUGCUUCAAUAUUGCAGUCGAUGAAGAUGAUCCACAGUUUGGCAAGAAAUCAAAGUUUCCAAGAGAAUGCAUUCCACUGAUUCGCUCGGCACCAUCGUCAGAUAGCUGUCGCGAUAUUAUCUUUCCUCGUGAGCAAGUCAACGAGAUCACAUCUUACAUUGAUGCAUCCAAUGUCUACGGCUCCGAUGAAGCACUCGCCGAACGGCUACGAGCAAAAAAAUAUGGCCUCCUAAAGACCAACUUCGACGGACAAAGUUUGCCUUUUGACUUUACGUGCGACCCCCCUGUUUCGAUUGAGGACAAGGACAAAUGCAAUCCCGAUCCGCAAUGCAUGGGACCGGUCUGUUUCUGCUUUCUGGCCGGUGAUCGACGAUCCUCGGAACAAACUUUCUUGACGACGAUGCACACUUUGUGGCUACGUGAACACAAUCGUAUCGCGCGCGAGCUAAAGAAACUAAACCCCCACUGGGAUGAUGAGAGACUCUAUCAGGAAACACGAAAAAUUGUCGGAGCUCUCCAUCAAAGGAUCGUCUACAACGAGUACGGUCCCGAACUGCUCGGUCGUGAAGUCUUCAAACGACUCGUUCCGCAGUAUGUCGCAUACGACGAAAUCGUCAACGCGGGUAUUCUCAACGAAUUUGCGACCGCCGCCUAUCGCAUGGGUCACAGCCAACUGCGUAACACCCUAACUCGUCUCAACGACAACUACGGCCUAAUUGACGAGUUUAGAUUUCGCGACGCAUUUUUCCAACCUCAUCGUUUCCUCUUCAAUCCUGACGGCACGGUUAGCAACGACAACUUUGAGAACUUGUUUCGCGGUCUUCUCGAGCAAAAUUCCCAAUUCAUCGAUCGCUUUGUGUCCGACGAACUUACUAAUCACUUGUUUGAACCGCGCGACAUCAACGGUGUUCAAACAGAAGCGGGAUUUGAUUUGGCGUCACUAAACAUUCAACGUGGACGUGACCACGGAUUGCGUCCAUACAUCGAUUAUCGUACCUAUGCUCUUACCAAGCUCAAGCAAAUGGAUAUUCCCAUACCCGUGCCACUCAUGUCAGAAACAAAUAAAAUGAAAAUUAAGGAGGUGUAUGGAUCAAUCAAUCGGUGUGACUUGUGGGUAUGCGGCUUGCUGGAGACGCGACUUGAGGAAGCAUUCCCUGCCAGCCAACGCACUGGUGGGCAGCUUGGUCCUACGUUCUCGGUUAUUAUCGCAGAACAACUAAUUAUUCUGAGAGACGGAGAUCGAUUCUUUUAUCAAAAUCCGGGCAUUUUUACUUCCCAACAGCUUGCGCAAAUAGAAAAGGUGACUUUGUCUGCCGUAAUUUGUAGUAAUUCAAAGAUCUCAACCAUCCAGCCUAAUGCUUUCGUCGAUGCCAACAAGAACAACGCUCGUAUCUCGUGUUCAUCUGUGAGGAGUAAGCGUUGUAUGGCGUUCACCCCAUGGAAAGAGCAAGGCACGUGCAAAGACAAGUUGUCGACCGGUUUAUGUGCUAUCAAGAAGAAGUACGGAAAAUGCAACACGUCGAGUGUGCGCAAUGAAUGUAGCCUCACAUGUCAAGCUUGCAGCUACAGCGGUUGAAUUUCAGAGUAAAGAUUUGCGUCAUCACAAGUCACUGGUUGACUGUGAACUUUUCUUUAGUGCUUGUUCUGUCUGUUGUUGUCUAGUCAAUAAGAUUUGUUUAGUCUGAUGAGUUGGAAGAGACAGUUGCAAAGAUUUGUUGGUAGUGGCUGCGGUGUAUUGACAAGAAACGUAGAAAAUACUGAUUUAGGAUUUUAGUUGGCAUAGAUUCUAGAAUAUAUUACACGUGCU